AAGGAUUCUUGAGUAGCAAGUUUGACGCAAAACACUUGAUUAUAAAAUAGUUAGUGCAGAUGAACCAGGUAGGAUGAGUGCUUCACUCUGCACAAGCCCAAACCAUCACUGCAGUUUGUUUCAAGCUGACUCUUCUCCUGAGGUCUUCUCCUGUUUUGCUCUCGGAGGUGAUGUGUCGGAGGCCCGUCACAGAGUGCUCUGGCCCUUUAAGUGUUCCCAGCCACACACUGCAGCAGAUCCUCCGCAGCUGUGAGUCCACCUGACACCCGGAGCCGCGGCGGACAGACAGCCGGCUUCACGUCACCUCAGACCGCGUCCUGGAGGGGCAUGGGGGGCACCUCGCCCGCUAGCUAACCACGAACACAUAACCUCGUAGCGGAAGGCGCACGGCCGGCGGUCCCCGAUCAUGGUGUCGUGGAUCAUUUCGAGGAUAGUCGUCCUCGCCUUUGGGACGCUCUACCCAGCAUACUCCUCAUACAAGGCUGUCAAGACGAAGAAUGUCAAGGAAUAUGUGAAGUGGAUGAUGUACUGGAUAGUAUUUGCGUUGUUCACCACAGCAGAGACAGCCACAGACCUGCUCUUAUCAUGGUUUCCAUUUUACUUUGAGCUAAAGAUCGCCUUUGUCAUCUGGCUCCUGUCUCCAUACACCAAAGGCUCCAGUGUCCUCUAUCGCAAAUUUGUCCACCCAACGCUGUCCAACAAAGAGAAGGAGAUUGAUGAGUAUAUAGCACAGGCCAAAGACAAGAGUUACGAUACCAUGAUGAGGUUUGGAAAAAGGGGUCUCAACCUGGCUGCUACUGCUGCUGUCACUGCAGCCGCCAAGGGGCAGGGUGUGCUGUCAGACAAGCUGCGGAGUUUCAGCAUGCAGGACCUGACUCUCAUCAAUGCUGAGGACGAGCUGGCUCUGCACACAUCAGAUGCCCGCAUGAGACGGGACACCAUGGACGAGAUGAGCUCAGGGGCCAGCACGCUGCCCCGGGCCAAGAGCAGUGCUACACGGCAGACCCGCUCUUUGGCAGCCGCAUCUGUUGCUGAUGACACGUCAUCCCAACACAGCUCUGACCAAUCAGACACAAGGACUGAGCACUCUGAUGAAGAUGCUGGAGAAAAAGCCCUGAAAAGAGUGACCAGUGUCAAGGCAACCAAGAAACCUGCUGCUGCUAAGACAGAGGCUCAAAGUAAGACGGUGAAGAAGCCCACAAAGAAAAAGACCACGACCAGUAAUGCAGAGGCUGUCCCACCAUGAGGCCUUCACGUCCAGUGGUCUACAUUCUCCACCCACAGCCUGCUGGAGGCUCUUCUGUUUCGUCUCAACACAAACACAUACCCACCAUGUGUAUGUAUGAUAUUAAUCACCAAAAUUGAAUUGCUCUUGCUGGUUUUUAGAGCAAAAGACAGAUUUAGUUUUUAUCCAUAUGAGGCCACCUUUAUCUGGGAAUGGUUCUUUUACUUUUACGUGGUUGCUGCAUCUCACUCAGAUUUAACAGUCAGAUAUUUCUCAGACACCUUUUUUAUUUUGAAGAUUAUUAGUAAAUCCAAUCAUCAAGGCAAACGUUUCCCUUUUAAACAUGUAGGCAUCUAUGCACGUCCCCGUAAUAGAUAAUAUGAACUGGCCAUUUGCAGAUUUUCAUUCUUGUUUUUUCAUGUUACUGUUUCAAGUUGUGUAUCGACAUUCCGGAUUGAAGCUGUUUUUGUGGAAGCAUGUCUAGUAAAUGGAUACGUUCUUCACUCCUACUUCCCUUCUUUUGGUUUGGGUCUCCUCUGUGACCUCUAGAAACUGGUUCCAGUUGAGGAGCAAAUCAACAAAUGUUGACCACACCAUGCUGGUAUACAUCAUCAAAAACUCCAGUUUAGGUCAUAGUAGCUACCGAUCAGCACCUACCAUGUCCUGUCAUGAAACAGUUAUACAGGAUUAUUUAUGAUCAAACCUGCCUUUGUGCUCUCUCUUUUAAAACCUUUUUAAAAUAUUAUUUGAGCCUUUUUGACCUUAGACCCAACCGCUUGUGUUAGCGUUUAUAGGUCAGUAAACCCCUGAGUGAGCCCUGUUAUGUUCACGUCUCAUUCAGGUGUCAACUUUCUUCCUCACUGCCGAUGACUUCGAUGUCAUGUUCAGUGCUGGUCAUGGGAGUAGUUUGUUUAGUGUUGGCUUAGUUAUCCUUCAUCUAGACAUCCCCCCUCUUGGGGAGUGAUUUACUCAUGAUCAUUUAUUUGUUAUACUUCUGUUUCAUCCAGUUCUGUGGGUCAGGUAAUAUUGGCAAUGGAUAUAAUCUGCUGUGCAUAUCCGGGCUUCUUGUGGUGAUGCUUUAACUGAGUGAAGAUGGCGCUCUCUCCCAAUUAAACACAGUGGUCACGGACGAGGUGUCACUGUUGCGAGGUAACAUAUCUGCUUUCCGUGGCGUCUCUAAUAUUGUUUGUAUGGUCACACUUUACCUCAUUAUAAAAGCGGGAUAAAGCAAAGCAUUAUAGAGAUAAUUCAACCAACAGAGAGCCUGAGAAUUAUUUUCUUCGUCCCAUGCUGUUUCAGAUGUGUGUCUGUGUGGGGGGGGAAGUCAUACCAGGCUGUGUGAGUUUCUAAACACCGUGGACCUUAGUUCUGUUAUGAGCUUAUUCUUCUGAGUGCUCUGGAAUGGGAGAUUUAAAUAGCAUGACACCACCACUUCUGCACUUGCUACUGCUGUCUGCAGUGUGACACUAGUAAGAACCAAUAGGGGGAGACAAACUCCAACUCAACUGUUGGCUAAGUUACUUAACAAGAUGUAAACACAGUGUAAAUAGGAAACGUAACUGUAUAUAGAGUUAGAGCUUGCUUGCCCUAUGCCGGCUGACAUCCAUUUAAUUUCUUCAUAAUUUGUGGGCUCUUGUUUAAAAUUCUUAGUCUUAAAAAAUCGUAUGUUCUGAGACCAGAGAGAACUCAUAAACAUCUGGUGUUGGACUUGAUUGUUUUUUCUUUUGUGUUUUUAAUAAAGAAGUUCACUUUUCUUUUCACAUGAAAGCACAUGAACUCUUCUCUCCAGACUGAGUCUAAACAGAGGUUUGUGUUCACUUCCUGCUCUACUCAGUCUGGUCAUAAGAUAUUUUAAGGGCCAUAAGUUCUUAGUUAAUGUUUACGCUGAAUCAAAAGCAAACAAUGUCUUAUCAAGAUACCACUUCACAUUUUUAUCCGGUGCCACAUUUGGAUAUUUAUUGUUGAUUAUUUUCUAUUUAAAAUCAGUAUUGUAUACAGGGAUGUUCAUAUAUUGUUUGUGCCAAUUCUCAAAGCUCCAUGUCAAAAAGGGUAAUGGUAUGUGUGCUGGGACAAUGGUUUAACAAGGUCAUGUAUCAGUACUGAAACUACUAAUAAAGGAAAUAAAUCUUU